AAGAACUUGUUACAACAAUGCGCCGUCGCUUCGUGCAGAUCUAUUAAUUUGCAUACUAGAAUCCGGAUUACCUUGUGUUUAUCGACGUUCAAUUAAAGGCCUUCCGGCUGUCAAAGAGAGUGCGUCUCGUUACGGUUUGACGGUUACACACGGACACGCGCUUCUCAACCCCCCGUGUAUGCGUGUGUGUGCGUGCGUAAAUAAGGGGGCACGCGUGGGGAACGGAGUGCCCCGUGGCAAGCUGCCCCCAUGGAAACGGCAAAAAAGGGGAAGGAGGAGCCGCUGCGUUUUCACACGACUUGGCUUACGUUGCCUUUUGGGCGGGAAAGGAGGGGCACACCGGAGAAGAGAUCGAGUCGCGCGACGAGGAAGUCGGAAGUCGUGCCUCGAGUCAGUCGAUUGUGGAGCAUUAGCGCGCUUAGGUCAAUCGUCGCCGUGCACCCGCACAAGCGUCUGGUACUACAUGCGCGCGUGUGUGUACAUGUCUGAUGUGCAUUUGAUUUUGCGAAUCGAAAUUUUACAACCGAUCUCGAAUUGCAAGUGAAUUUUCUAAUCGAAUACGCAGUGAUCGAGAUGGAAAAAAUGACAAAAUGAAUUGCGGUUCAAUUAAUCGAGAAGCUUUUAAAUUAAACAAAGAUAUCUCGUUUAAUUUAGCAAAACAAUUGAUUUGAAUUGAAAUUUGUCGCUUCGCGAGAAAAGGUUGAAGAAAAUUAUUGUGGUUUCGUCGGGGAUCAAGAUCCAUCGAAGAAGAGCUAGUGUCGUGUGCCGGAACUUGCACAUUAAACAGCAGUGGCCUAUGGGGGUUGCAUCGGACACCAUACGGUCGGUCUCCAGGCAGCCACGCGACCACCGAGCCGUGGGAGGGUCGUUUCACUCGGUUGAGUCGUGAAAGCACCCGUUGGGGUAACAUCGCGUCGCAUCGCGGCCAUGCCCCUGUGGGUCUCCCUUGAGGUCUUUCCAGUUUAUCGAGUCUCCUCACUCAUGUUUGUAACGUGAAAUUUUGCAACGUGAACAAAAAAUAAAAAAACGGAGUCCAAGAUAUUUCGCAAUUGCUUUUCGACUGUUUACGCGUAACUUCGUUGAGCAAAGACGGUGACGAAACCACAAAAUGAGCGCGUUCAAGAGAUAUCAGAGCAAGGUGUUUUGGGAUCGAAUGGCGUCGCACGAUCUGGGCGAAGAUCGAUUUUUAUCGGGAAACGAUACGUCGUAUUGCCGUCGCGACGAGCACCAGGAACAGAUCGAAAACGAGCACGAAAAUUCGUCCGGCAGCAAAUCGGAAAACGAUACGAUCGAGUGCGGGAACGUAACCGCGAUACGUGUUUGCAAUAAAAGCGACGAGAGUCACACGCAAGACGAACGUUGGACUUCGUUAGUACACGACGAAAAUGCCGCAUGUUCCAGAACUCAAGUAGACGAAACGGCGGAAGACGAGGAAGAGAAACGCGAUAGCGUCGCGAGAAACAGAUCCUGCAGUCCUUUGAGUCAGGACUUCAAAAGCCAGGAUUCCGGAUUCUCCGACUCCGAGAGAUCAGACUGCUCGGAACUUUACGAGAACGCGACUCCGAAGAGAAAAUUGCGAAGAAAGAAGAGAAGAAAUAGAAUCCGAUUGACGGAAAUCGCUUCUCCGCCGUGCUGGCCGGAUGAGGAGUCUUCUCCUAUGCCAACGCACACGUCCACACCGAAGAAUUCCAAGAUAAUCGUCGCGAGGAAUCGUUUCGGAAAAUCCAGGCGAAGCCUGCUGGAACAUAGAACCGACGAGGAGCGCAGCAACGCAUCGAAAGCGUCCUCGGCCGUCUCGCUGGAAGAUGAGAGCCUGGGCGAUUUUCUGUACGCGUCCGAGCCGCCGGAAGACAGCGUUCAGACAUCAAUAGCGAAAUCGCAGGCGUCCACGGACGCAAUUGCUGCCGGCAGGGAGGUGUUGAAUUCGAGAGAUUAUCGUUUAUCGUCGUCCUUGAGGAUGUGGCUGACCGAUCUCGCUACGAAAACUGAGAACGAAUGCGGCAGCAUGCUUCAGAGCAAGAAUCUGCCGCGCUGUAGAGUUCGUCUCAUGUCCGGUGAAAAACAGGCGCGAGAGCUGAAGAUGCUGUCGUCCGCGGCCACCGCGGCCGCGAGCAAGCUUCUAGUCAAUGCCGAACACUUUGAACAAUACUUUAAGAGCAUCGUCAAGAGAUUAACACGCCUCGAAAAAGGCAGAUCCGAGACGGAGCUGUUGCGCAGCAUAGAGGAAGCCGCGUUCUCGCUCCUCUCUCAAAUAGGAGCGCCUCCUCCUCGCAGGAUUCAUCAGGGUAAUCUGAGGAGCAUCCUAGCGCAGUUGCAAAAUAUGAAGACAUACGUCGACGGCACGAUCGACACGCGUUUAGAUUUUUACAUAGAGAAAAUAAUUCGCGGCCUCGAGGAAGCUCCGCGAGAGGACACCAGCGUGGUCAAAGGUGCUCUGGCAGCUCUGACGGCUCUUGGACUGUCCGAUCCUCGCGCGGGAAACAGCAUCGCUCGAUGUUCCGGCAUAAAAGCUCUCCUGACGUAUCUCAUCAGCGUCGAUUAUCGCACGUCGGACGAUCUUGUCUCGGUCGUGUUGCGCGCUCUCGCCAGCGUGUGCUGUUCCACCAUGGCCAUUGAUUACUUCGCGCGAGACGGCGGUUCCGAAAUCCUGACGGAUCUUCUGAGCGCGGAAACCACCUCCGAGACGGAGAAGACCGAGGCUACCGCUUUGGUGGUUCAAAUCACAGCGCCGUGGACCAACGCGCACGGUCUGCCGUACCUGGAACCUUUCACGGACUCGCUGAUCCCGGCGUUAAAUCGACUGGUCGAGAGCACCAGUUGCGCGCAAACUUUACUGUUGACCGCCGCUGCGCUGAAUCACCUGUCCAAGUCAAGGCUGUGCACCGGAGUCAUAUUGGAACGAGACAGCGUGACGAAGCUUCUCAGGAGUGUGAAGAAGUCCGCCGGCGGCAACGUCUGGCUGAUGGAACAGGUCGCUGCGCUGAUCGGCGAAUUAGCGCGCGUUCCCGAAGGCCGGUCGUAUUUGGCGAAGGCGCGAGCCUCCGUAGCGCUGGUCUCUUUUCUCAGAAUGAGGCCACCGGGUUUGGAGGACGCGUACCGACGGCUGGAGAUCACCGCGACGGCUGCGCUGACGAGACUCUGCGUAGAACCGGAAGUCGCGAGGCAAGUAGUCGCGAUUGGCGGCGGAGAUUGUUUGCCCGGUCCGUGCAGAGUAAAUGACGCACAGACAGACGGGGAGGAAGAGGAAACGCAAGUGAGAACGGGUCUGUUAAGAUACACCAAGUCGUUAAGACGAGCGUGCAAAAAGGCGGCGAAGCAAAUUGGGAUCGCGAAAGCGAAAGAUCACAGUUCUUUCGGUUGAGGAAACACUCAGGAGCGAAAGAAAAAGGCCCAGUAUAACAGAUGUACAUGAUUCUAAAUAGUUAAUAAGAAAAUAACAAAAAAAUCAGCUGUAAAUAUAUGUUAAAAAUAUAGAUUUUUAAAAGACAUAUUU